CAUCAAACAGAAACGAAAACUUGAAACUAUAUCUUGUGAAAUUUGUGAAGUGUUGUGUGAAGUUCAGCAUUAUGUCUCUGCUACCGUACGUGAUGCGUGAUUUUGUGGACGACUUCUAUCAGCCGGCCUUUUUUGGCGAUCAUUUCGGCCUUCGUCCAUCCACAGUUCUGAGCAGCGUUCCACUGCAGGCCGGUUAUCUGCGACCGUGGAGGCUCCUCGAAUCUCAAGACAGCGGAAUCUCCAACAUCGAAGAAGACCCCGACAAUUUCAAAGUGAAUCUUGACGUGCAACAGUUCAAGCCCGAAGAAAUCUCCGUCAAAUUGUCGGACGACAACAUUGUGAUCGAGGGCAAACACGAGGAGCGCAAAGACCAGCACGGAUUUAUUUCUCGCCAGUUUUGUCGCCGAUACAAGUUGCCCGAAAAUGUCGACCUGCAGAGGUUGGAGUCUCGCCUGUCGUCGGACGGAGUGCUGCAACUGAUAGCUCCCAAAAUAAUUGACGACUCCGUAUCGAACAACGAGCGUCGAAUUCCCAUCAAGCACACCAACCAGCCAGCCAUCAAACACAAACAACCAUCUUCCAACGAAAAACAGCAGUCAAAGGAAAAUAUGCAACCAUAAACUCGAAUCCAACAGGUAUUUUACAGUUAGCAACAAUCAGUAAAACAUUUGAAAACCGAAUACAGUAUAAAUAACAGUACAACAGUAUUUUCCCGUAUUCAUUUGAAGACUGAAUAUAAUAACUCGGUACCUCAGAAGACUGUAUUUAUAUUUCUGUUCCUAUACUGAAAUACCAAAUAAUGUUGUAUAAUUGAUAUAUUAUUGUAUUGUUGAUGUUUCAAUCAUUUGUUUUUAUACAAUAAUAAAUAUUUGUGAAAUUCAA